AUGGCGGAUACGGCUCGCCGCAAGGCGGAGGAGAACAUCAACAGAGUGAAGAUCAUCGAGAGCAUGAUCUUCGACCUCGAGGAGGACCUCGAGUUCUUGAGCGUGCAGAUUAACGACGUUUUCCGCGACCACGGCUUCCUCAGCAUGGCCAUUACUCGCAUGGAGAUGGCGCUGCGCCGCCUCAAGUUCGAGUGCGAGAACAUGUCCAAGCAGCUGCUCGCCAUCGAAGCCGUUCCGGAGGAGGACGAGCCCGCCGAGGCCGACGAGGAAGAGCAAAGCACCCAGGGCACCGAGGAUUCAGAUUAUACCUUGGUUGACGAAAACAGCGAGCCGACCGACGAGGAUGUCGACGCGCUGGUCAUCGUGGAUGACGAGGAGGAUUAG